CAAAAAAAAAUAAAAAAUGCUGACUUUCUCCACUGAAAGUGAGCAUUGUGGUGUCACCGGCGGUUACAGGUGGCCAUGUUGGGCUCGGGUCCGCAGCACGCAGCUUUACGGGCAGGUGUGUCUACCUGUCGCUCCCUCGGGAACUACUUCCUCGGGCUCGGCCGCCGCAGCUGACUGACAAGAGACGCCGGUGAUUGAGAUACGACGGAAAAGGACCACAAGAUAGUUCCCCUCCCCUCACGACUCCCCUUCCCCUGCCUUUGUUCCGGAACGCGAGCCCGCAUCGAGAUUCUUUUUCCUUCCCCCCCCAGACGGAGGGAAGUGCUUCCUGAUAAUAAAGAGGUGCGUCUUAUUUCCACUCCAGUGAUUGACUGCGCACGGCUUUCACCGCCGGAGCCGGGGGCAUUGACGCAUUGUGGAGUCGACAGGGGGGAGGGAGGGUGGGUGUGUGUGUGUGUAUGUGUGUGUGUAUAGCACUGCAAACCCCGGCUUCGCAGCACAACGGAGGCAUCUUUCGGCGGAACCGCGAUGGCCGUGGUGCAGCUCGACACGGAGGACCGCCGCCAACCGGAGAACGGCUUCGUGUCCCCCGACGCCGCGUCGCAGGAGCUGCUGACGCGCAUCGACGGCUCCGUGCUGCCGUUUCUCGGGGGCUUUGGGAAGUACCAGAAACAGCUGAUCGUGCUGACAUGGAUCCCGGCGUUGUUUAUCGGCUUCAGCCAGUACUCGAACAAUUUCCUCCUGGCCCAGCCGAACAACACAUGCAUCCAGCCGCUGGCGAACCUGACUAACCGCACCGCGAGCCAUUCGUCGCUGUCGGACGGUCCGAGAAACGUGAGCGCGCGGCCGGCUUUCCUCUAUGACAACGGGAGUUCCUAUGACACGGACCACGCGCAGUGUGGCUGCAGCGAGUGGACGUUCGAGAUGCACACGGGACUUGCACAGAACGUGGUCACCAAGUGGAGUCUGGUGUGUGACUCUGCAUGGAAAGUCCACAUCGCCAAGUUUUCUCUCCUGGUGGGGUCCAUCUUUGGAUACCUGACGUUUGGAAUCCUUGCUGACUGGUUCGGCCGCCACCCGGUGCUGAUAAUAUCGGUGCUUUUCAUGCUGGUGUUCGGUCUGUCCGUGGCCUUCUCCGUCAACGUCCCCAUGUUCAGCACCCUGCGCUUCUUCGAGGGCUUCUGCCUGGCGGGACUCACACUCUCCCUCUACGUCCUCAGGAUUGAGCUGUGUCUGCCGGGGUGGCGCUUUUCCAUGACCAUGGUGGCCAGUUUUGUGGGGCUGGGCGGUCAGCUGCUGAUGCCCGUGGUGGCAUACCUCUGUCGCGACUGGCAGGUUCUCCAAGCCGUCAUCAUCUGCCCCUUGCUGCUGAUGCUCUCCUACAUCUGGAUCUUCCCUGAGUCACUGCGUUGGCUGCUGGCCACUCAGCAGUACUGCCGCUCCAAAUGGAUCAUGGGACACAUAGCAACGAAGAAUCAAGUGAACAUGGAGCUCGACACCGAAAAUAUCCUCACAGAACUGCAGGGAGCUCUUCAAAAGAAACCCAAGAAGACGUGCAUCGUGAAAAUGGUCGGGACGAGAAACCUGUGGAAGAACAUCGUUGUGCUCUGCGUCAACUCGCUGACCGGCUAUGGGAUCCACCACUGCUUUGCUCGCAGCAUGAUGGACCCCGAAGCUCAGGAGACGACCAUGUUCCACAACUUCUAUGCGGAUUAUUACACCAUGGCGGGCAUCGCGGUGGCGUCCUGCAUGGCGCUCUGCCCGGCGGUGGGCCUGAUGGGCCGCAGGGGAGGCCUCCUCAUGUUUAUGAUCAUCACCGCCCUGGCGUCUCUGCUGCAGCUGGGCCUGCUCAACUUGCUGGGGAAGUACAGUGUCCAUCUGAAUAUAGAAGACUCGGGUACGCUGAAUAAGAACUUCUCCGUCGCCUUCUCCAUCAUCGGCAUGUUCUCCUCCCACGCGGUCAGCAACCUGAGCAUCUUCUUCUGCGCCGAGAUCACGCCCACUGUGAUCAGGGGUGGCGGGCUGGGUCUGGUCCUGGCGAGCGCCGGUUUCGGCAUGCUGACCGCGCCCAUCAUGGAGCUGCACAAUCAGAAGGGUUAUUUCCUCCACCACAUCAUCUUUGCCUGCUGCACCCUCAUCUGCAUCAUCUGCAUUCUCCUGCUGCCCGAGACGCGCUACCAGCCCCUCCCCGAGACCCUCGCCGACGGCGAGAGCUACACCCGUCAGCCGCUCCUCCCGCCGAGGAAACCCGGGGAGCAGCGACACCUCUUGCCUCAAUCCGAGAGCAGCAGGGACUACACCAGGGUGCACGACACGCCGCUCCACGAAGCGGCCGCCACCGCGGUGUCCACCAUGGACUCCACCGCCUCGUCGGCGGUGGAUUUGACGGCUCAGUCUGUCGGGGAUCUGUCCGCCCCCACGUUCAUGGAGGUGCACCCCGGCAAGCCUCCGCCAAAAGACCCCAACGGCCACUCGGUUCCCUCUUAUCCCACGACCCCCGUCACAGCCCUGGGCAAAGGUGGCGUCGUCCAUGCCAGUAAAGAGCACCUGCUGUCUUCGACUCCUCUGCACAAACUCCCGUGCGUCACCGACCCACUUUUACCCGAUGACGAAGAACCUCCGGCGAUACUCCGGCAGUCUGCCGAGCCGCCGCCGGAGUCUGCCGUCAUCGAGAUGAAUGACCUUUGCCUUUCCGCUGCAACAGAGUCGGCCGCUCCCCCUUCCCCCUCACGAGGCCGCUUCACUCCCCCCGUCCCUCAAACUGCGCCUGCCUCCUUAUUGAUCUGCACCACGCCCGUCAUCGAACCCCCGCCGAGCUCCACGUUAGAAUCCCCCGACCUGGAGGGUAAUGACAUCGACGAUAUUGGCCUGAAAUUCGACCCCCCUUUGCUAGAGGUCACAAAUGCCCCUUUAGCGGACUCCCCUACUCCAUCUAUGCAUGACAGCCUCCCUCCGUCCCCGAGCCCUUCUCCUGUGCACAUGACUGAGAACAUUUCCACUGACCCGCCCCCCUCCGUUAGUGUACCCUUGGACAAUCCCACCCAGUUAGAAAUCGUAGAGGAGUCUACAUGUACCCCUUCCACUAGAGACUCCCCCAUACCUCCCGUCAUAGAACCUCAACCUCCACAGAUGGACCCUACCUCUCCCUGCGUUAAUGAUAAAGCUCCAUGUCUCCCUGCUCCCCCGAGCCCAGUCACCGUGUCCCCUUCACCCACUCCUCCUCCUCCCCCACCAUCACCACCAGUUGACUCGGGCCACGCGUCCUCAGCGGCCUCUUCCACUCCCCCCCCAGUCGUAGAUGAUGUCGACCUAGCCGCGCCAAUUCCCGGCACGGACACUGUGCACACCUCCGCUCCAGAAUCCACCGCUCUGACUGUUCCGCCCACGCAGGAUUCAGCGGCAGCUCCGUCCCUCGCCGUAGAUCCAGCACCGACUCCCUCCCCUCUAAUGGACUGCACCGUCUCCUCCCCAAUAGACUCCGGUGUCCUGCUCGUCAGGGACGGCGCCGACACAAAGAGCAACACUGCCAAUGGCGCGGCGUCGUUAUGAUCCACAGUCGCAGCCGGGAGAAGGAGGAGCGGCGGCGGCACGAGGAAAGUAGCCCACGCCACGCCAAUCACCGAGAAGGGGGCCGAGGAAAGGGGGGGGGGGCACAAACGGUCCACUGCACUUCCUGAAGGUUGUCCCCCCACCUGGAGUUGACUUAGUCAUGUCUUACAGAGAUACCGUAUGUUUCUCAGUGUCGUCGCCCCCCCCCCCACCCCCCCUUCCUGUAUUUAGCCAAUAAAUGAGACCACGCAAGUGAGAGAGUGCCAGAGGCUGUUUUGUGACAGAGUGGCCGUAUCCUCUGCUCUUUUUGAAUGUCACUGGAAAUCACCAGCCUUCAAACUACUUUAAUGUAAAUGAACGUGAAAUCACUGUCUGUCAUUUCCAAGAGUCUCACAACAAUCACUAAGAGGACUGGUGAGACAUACAAUGAUGCUCAAAAACAAACGAAACAACAAAAUCACUGGUACUUUUUGCUCAAAUGAAAUGUCCGUCUAACAUAUUUGUAUAAAAAUAUUGCCUUACUUGUAUGGACAAAAAAAAAAAAAAAAAAAUCUGAAUGUUGCAACAUAUUCUUUUUGCAGUUACACAGGUAACAUUGAAAUUUGAGGGAUUUUUCUGAAUACAACGCCAAAAAAACUACUCUGACCAAAAUUAAAUGUAGACAUAGUGCCAAAAAAGUAGUAUAAAUACAGUAUUUGCCUGCAUGGGGAAAUACUUGUUCAGUGCAGUCCCCUGCCAUAGACUGUUUGUGGAUUUCAGUGAAUCAGAUGAACCCUUUUUUUCAAAGUUCAGAAAUAUAAAAGAAGUAAAUUGUUUAUCAAAUUAAUAAAAAAGACUGAAAGCUAUAUCAUCUUUUGAUGAAUUGGAAUCGAGAGAGAGGAUGGAGAUUGCGAAAUAGCUCUCAUCAACACGUCGUUCAUUGUAUGAACAGCGAUAUUGGAGAAAAGAAUGACCCAUAUUUUGUCGGCCUGAAGAAACUUUUUUAUUUUUCCAAUCGUGAUGGAAUUUAGGGGAUGCAAAUGCUUUUAUCUGUAACUGUGAUAUUGUAAGUAAAUGAGCUUGAUUCAGUCAUUUUCUUUUUAUUCAAAGUAUUAUUUUUGAAUAAUCUCUCAUGGCGUGCCCUUAUUGUACAAAGCUAUACUACACUCCGACAGUAUUUGUGGUACCUUAUUGUGGUGCCGCUAUAUUCUUUACAGUUGGGACUAAAGCAUGAAAAUAAUUGUGAGCGUGUCAGUAAAACGAACCUUAAAAGCAAAGCUUAAAAAGAGGACACAAAAGCUAUUUUUGAAAUUAAGCCGUCGGAUGACAAAAUGUUUGAUAUGACUGCCAACUGUCACACAGCGUCGCUAACUUUCAGUGUUUUCUAAAUCAUGUUCUGUCAUUUACAUAGUGUAUGUAUGUCAAUGUGUUCAUAUAUUCACAUGCACAAGUAAGUUUAAACUUAAAAAAGCAACAACAAAAAAAAAAAGCUAAAUGAUUUCAUGCAGGUCAAGACUUUAUUUAUAGGUAGAUGAACCGAAUCAUCUUAAAAUGACAUAACAUUUUACUUGACUUGUGUGUAACUUGACAGUUGUCGCUCCACACUUCAUGCUUUUGAGGUUGUAAUAUUUGUCAGAAAAAUGAUGUAUGAUUACGGAUAGAUCACUGUUUACAACAACAAUAACAAUAAUGACAAUAAUGAUGAAGAUAAAUAAUAAUAACUACACGUUACUGUAAAACUCAAGACACAACUGAAUGAUGUCUUGUCAUUUCAAAUGUGAUGGAACACUCGAGAACAUUUAUUCAGAGAGUAUUCGUGUCCGAUUUAAGGUCCUUUACUCACCAAUAUCUUCUUUUCUUUCAUCUAUGUGCACUGACAAAGGGGCUACAUAUGUUUAGGGAUCUGAAUGAUGGCGAAACAUGCUUGUGUUGCUUUCUUUUAUUUUUUAAAUAUGAUUUAUUGGUCUUUUCAUAGAUCGUCAAGUCAACAAACUUCCAUUUGGUGAAAGAUUCAUAUGAACAUUUACAUCCUAACAUGCCAUGCUGCUAAGCCUCAAAGCACAAUGCCCUGCAAUCAUGUGAUGUCAAAUUUAGCGGAGCUUGUCAGUAAAAAAAAAAAGGGAAACGGAGUGGGAUUUUCAAUACAUAAAUUACAAAUAACACAUUUACUUUUGCAAUAGCCCCACAUGUAAUCUACUUUGUGGAAGAGGGUGUUCACCCUGGUUUUUAUAAUGAGUUCUUGGCAUCUGCAGUAAAAAGUGGGUUGACUGCAGUGGUCAGUAUAGCUACACAUUACUCCAAGUCCUCGUCGUCUGUGGUUGGUCUCUCGGUCUCAGUGUGUGUGUGUGUGUGUGUGUGUGUGUGUAUUGCAUAAAUUAAUCUGUGUAUUGCCAAUACCCCAUGCAACACCAGUCUAAAGAUAUCGACACAGCACAGACCAGUGUCUCCACCCAGAUCAGUCGCUUCCAUUUCCACGACUCCCAUGCAGCUAUUUCAUGGUGCUGGUGGGAGCGUUUUUAUUCAAAUAAAGGUGUAAAAAAAAAAAAGCCACUUUAGCACCAGCGAUAUGGUGGUCUAGGAUCGUCACUGGCAGAAAAGCAAAAAAGAAUAGAAGAAUGGGUUAUGCCUUUGUAAAUAGUAAACGUGUGGAAAAGCCCGGCGUGGCUAAGAUGAAGGAUCAUAGAUGGUAACGUGGACUGAUGAAUAAUUUUGAACUUUAGAUAAAACUCUCAGAGACAUGAAGUCCCCAGUGUACACAGUUCAGGUUGUGCUUCUCUCGACCGUGCGACUCCGAAUCUCCUGAUAGGAGAUUUGAAUGAAUGUAAAAACCAUGGAUUGUACCAUUUCUAAUUUCUGAUUGUUUGUUUUGUUUUGUUUUAACAGACAUAAAUGCACUUGUAUAUAAGCCAUACCUGUUGUUAAAAUAAACCACUAUUUAUUGAUCA